GUGGAAAAGCUAUGGGAGGCUGGGAAGGAGGAAUCCGUGUCCCAGGGAUAUUUAGAUGGCCAGGAGUGUUACCUACAGGCACAGUUAUCGAUGAACCUACAAGCCUGAUGGACAUUUAUCCUACAGUAGUUCAUCUGGCUGGAGGGAUGUUACCACAGGACAGGGUAAUUGAUGGCCGGAAUCUGAUGCCUUUACUGAGAGGAACAGUUGAGCACUCAGAGCACGAGUUCCUGUUUCAUUACUGCGGCAUUCACUUACAUGCUGUGCGGUGGCACCAGAAGGACAGUGGAGCCAUCUGGAAGGCUCAUUAUGUGACCCCAGUCUUCCGUCCAUCUGGGGCUGGGGGUUGUUAUGACAGAGGAUUUUGCCCAUGUUUUGGGGAAGGCGUGACCCAUCACGACCCUCCAUUGCUGUUUGAUCUCUCACAAGACCCUUCUGAAGCCAACCCUCUGUCGGCUGACACUGAGCCCCUCUUUGACACUGUAAUAAGGCAGUUUGGAAGAGCCAUAGAAGAGCAUCGCAGGACACUGACUCCAGUCCCAGAGCAGCUCUCCGUGUACAACAUCAUCUGGAAGCCGUGCCUGCAAACGUGCUGCGGGACGUUCCCAUUCUGUUGGUGUGAUAAGGAAGGUGAUAACAAACCUGCCGAUCUAUAAAGGAAAGAACCAAAGUUCCUUCCUCAAAAGCAUUUUUAGACCAAGAGUGUUUUCUUUGGGGGUGUUGAUUGCUGGGUU